CCUUGUCCUUGUCUCCCUGAGUGGCGAUGGCGUUCACUUCGAAUGUGAUAUCCGGGUGCGCCUUUUGCAGAAGUGCAACGGUAUGUUCUACCUGCCUGAUGGCAAGUGGCGACCGGCGAGUACCAAUCUUGAUAACCCUGCUGUUGCUCAUGGUUGCGGUGUCUCCGGAUGACAGGGUGAAAAAUGAUUUUGUCGCAGCAAGCUUAUUCGAUGGCAAUAUUUAGCCCUUUCAAGCGUGAAGGGGUUACAGUGACCAAAGACCAAGAGUACAACUAGAGUAGGUUAGGUAGGUAUAAGGCAAGCCGUUCCUCACGAUAGUGAUGUAAUGUAUGAGUGGAGGUAUAGCCUUAAGGUCAAAAUUUGUGCAGCGGGCGCAAGUCUCGAAGAAACUCACUGGUCUGCUUACUUUUUCAGACGUCUAUACUGGGACACAUUGGAUGUCCAGCGCGCGUUGAUGGUGUGUUCUGAAGGCUUUCCUGUCCUACAGCGGGGUUGACUUUUCCGUCACCGGCCCCCACUCUCACUCCACCUUCGGCAUUGUAGCCUGAAUAAGGGGCCUUCUUAACAAGCAGUAAAUCUUAUUCGUUGAAGGCCAGACUCUUAAAUAACGAACUGCCGGUAGCUUUUGGCGUGAGAUUUUACAGCCUGUAUCUAAUGUCAGGUAUUGAAUUCGAUACUUGACCCAGACGUCAUAUUAGCAAAGCUAGCUCAACGCUGCACGAAUUAUCAUUUAUGUGGAACACAUUUUGCGUUUCAUGAGACUCCUCAAGAAUCCAACCAUCAUCUUACAUCCCAAUUAGCUUUAUCCUCCGUAUUGCCGCAGUCUUGUUGCUCACUACCUGGCUAACAUGUUGCAGUCCUACGUCGAAACCACCGUUCACCAUGCACGAACGGCUCUCAUGGGUCUCUGUACACCUUUCGGGGAUUUGUGUGUUGUACAAAGCAGUCCUAAAGUCGGUAUUUCAGAAAAGUGGCAUUUGAACUAACUCCAUUUUUGUUUGAAUGUUUGUGGGAAAUCUGUCGGUACUCGCUAAAUAUUGACAAAUUCACAAAGCAUAAGCACUUUGAUCUACACUUUCGUCACCUGAAUAACAGCAAAGAAGCCACAGAAGAAGGUUUCUCGGGAGCAAGUAUCGCACAAUUCACUGACACAACCUUAGCAAAUAUGUAUACUUCCACAAUGAUCUUGGACCUCGGAGCAGGCAUUCUCAUGCGGCCUGCAUUUCCUAGUACUGAGACUGUCAGAGACCGAUAUAUAAAUCAGGGGCUUGUCGAUUUGACGCAGCUGUAUAUUGCAGCAUUACCGCAUUGCCAGCAUAUUUCUCAAACCGCUCCUCACUAUCACGCGCUCUACAACUUCCUUCAAUAACAAUGAUCGGUGUCAAGGCAGCACUUCUGCUCCUCGCCACUACCCUGGGGGUGCAAGGGCAGACUCCAGGCAAUGGCACCACCCCAACGGGCCCUCACUGUGUGCGCGGGGCCACCUAUUGUGGCUAUAUCCUGCUCCAUGACAAAGACUACACCAGCGACCAGAUUGUGAAGGCUUACUGUCAGGGCCGGGAUAAGUGCGAUUCCGAGGGGGUUCCCAAGGACAAGGACGCGUGGAAGUACACACUCUUCGUCUGUCUUCCAGAUGGAAAGAUUCACAAGCACAAACUCAACCGCCGCCACGGAAACUUUGACUGCACGGAUUCUGUGGACACCCAGGUCGUACCUCUUGCCUACUGCAAGCCCCCGAAGGGAGCAUCUGGUUUGGCCGACGAUGAUAUCUGCCUGAACCCCAAAGAGAACCGCAUCGGUCGAUGCUGGGAGCCUGGCAACCUGGACUAGAUGAUGGGUGAGACAUGGCUGUAGGAGUCAGAAGCAAGCCCAGCCAAUGCAGUUCAAAACGUGAUUUUUGUUCUUAGGCCAUGUGUCUCUGUAUGGACUUCUUACGCUUGUUAUGGCAGGCAAAUUGGGGCUAGAUACUUGCAGCAAUAUUUGCGGAACUAGGCGCCAAUAUUAAUGGCGAAAACACCGCUCUCUGAAGCUCCCGCACGAGACUUGGCUACCUUUGAAUCUGUAGCAAUCUAAACCGAACACAGGAACCUCGCCAUAGCGGUCAUAAUGACCUAUCAGCACCCCCGCUCCGUAGCAUCAAGUAGCUGUCGAAUGUGCCUGCCGUGCACCGUUGCAC